AUGAUCAGCCUGCCACAACUGAGCCAACAACUGGAACUACUGGAGGCACCCCCACAACUGAUUGGAACUACUGAGGGAACCCCAACAAAUGAUCAGCCUGCCACAACUGAGCCAACAACUGGAACUACUGGAGGCACCCCCACAACUGAUGCAACAAGUGGAACUACUGAGGGCACGCCCACAACUGAUCAGCCUGCCACAACUGAUGCAACAAGUGGAACUGCUGAGGGCACGCCCACAACUGAUCAGCCUGGCAUAACAGAUGCAACAAGUGGAACUACUGAGGGCACCCCCACAACUGAUCAGCUUGCCACAACUGAGGCAACAAGUGGAAGUACUGAGGGCACCCCCACAACUGAUCAGCCUGGUACAACGGAUGCAACUAGUGGAACUACUGAGGGCACGCCCACAACUGAUCAGCCUGCCACAACUGAUGCAAUAAGUGAAACUACUGAGGGCACCCCCACAACUGAUCAGCCUGCCACAACUGAGGCAACAAGUGGAACUACUGAAGGCACCCCCACAACUGAUCAGCCUGCCACAACUGAUGCAUCAAGUGGAACUACUGAGGGCACCCCAACAACUGAUCAGCCUGCCACAACUGAUUCAAUAAGUGGAACUACUGAGGGCGCCCCCACAACUGAUCAGCCUGCCACAACUGAGCCAACAACUGGAAAAACUGAAGGCACCCCCACAACUGAUGCAACAAGUGGAACUACUGAGGGCACGCCCACUACUGAUCAGCGUGCCACAACUGAUUCAAUAAGUGGAACUACUGAGGGCGCCCCAACAACUGAUCAGCCUGCCACAACUGAGCCAACAACUGGAAAAACUGAAGGCACCCCCACAACUGAUCAGCCUGGCAAAACAGAUGCAACAGGUGGAACUACUGACGGCACGCCCACAACUGAUCAGCGUGCCACAACUGAUUCAAUAAGUGGAACUACUGAGUGCGCCCCAACAACUGAUCAGCCUGCCACAACUGAGCCAACAACUGGAAAAACUGAAGGCACCCCCACAACUGAUCAGCCUGGCAAAACAGAUGCAACAGGUGGAACUACUGACGGCACGCCCACAACUGAUCAGCCUGCCACAACUGAGACAACAAGUGGAACUACUGAAGACACCCCCACAACUGAUCAGCCUGCCACAACUGAUGCAAUAAGUGGAACUACUGAGGGCACCCCCACAACUGAUCAGCCUGCCACAACUGAGGCAACAAGUGGAACUACUGAAGGCACCCCCACAACUGAUCAGCCUUCCACAACUGAUGCAACAAGUGGAACUACUGAGGGCACCCCCACAACUGAUGCAACAAGUGGAACUACUGAAGGCACCCCCACAACUGAUCAGCCUGCCACAACUGAGGAAACAAGUGGAACUACUGAGGGCACCACCACAACUGAUCAGCCUGCCACAACUGAUGCAACAAGUGGAACUACUGAGGGCACCCCCACAACUGAUCAGCCUCCCACAACUGAGGCAACAAGUGGAACUACUGAAGACACCCCCACAACUGAUCAGCCUGCCACAACUGAUGCAAAAAGGGAAACUACUGAGGGCACCCCCACAACUGAUCAGCCUGCCACAACUGAGACAACAAGUGGAACUACUGAGGGCACCCCCACAACUGAUGCAACAACUGGAACUACUGAAGGCACCCCCACAACUGAUCAGCCUGCCACAACUGAGGCUACAAGUGGAACUACUGAGGGCACCCCCACAACUGAUCAGCCUGGGUCAACGGAUGCAACAAGUGGAACUACUGAGGGCACCCCAACAACUGAUCAGCCUGCCACAACUGAGACAACAAGUGGAACUACUGAGGGCACCCCCACAACUGAUCAGCCUGCCACAACUGAGGCAACAAGUGGAACUACUGAAGACACCCCCACAACUGAUCAGCCUGCCACAACUGAUGCAAUAAGUGAAACUACUGAGGGCACCCCCACAACUGAUCAGCCUGCCACAACUGAGGCAACAAGUGGAACUACUGACGGCACCCCCACAACUGAUCAGCCUGGCACAACGGAUGCAACAAGUGGAACUACUGAGGGCACGCCCACAACUGAUCAGCCUGGCAAAACAGAUGCAACAGGUGGAACUACUGAGGGCACGCCCACAACUGAUCAGCCUGCCACAACUGAGACAACAAGUGGAACUACUGAAGACACGCCCACAACUGAUCAGCCUGCCACAACUGAUGCAAUAAGUGGAACUACUGAGGGCACCCCCACAACUGAUCAGCCUGCCACAACUGAGGUAACAAGUGGAACUACUGAAGGCACCCCCACAACUGAUCAGCCUUCCACAACUGAUGCAACAAGUGGAACUACUGAGGGCACCCCCACAACUGAUGCAACAAGUGGAACUACUGAAGGCACCCCCACAACUGAUCAGCCUGCCACAAUUGAGGAAACAAGUGGAACUACUGAGGGCACGCCCACAACUGAUCAGCCUGCCACAACUGAUGCAGCAAGUGGAACUACUGAAGACACCACCACAACUGAUCAGCCUGGCUCAACGGAUGCAACAAGUGGAACUACUGAGGGCACCCCCACAACUGAUCAGCCUGCCACAACUGAGGCUACAAGUGGAACUACUGAGGGCACCCCCACAACUGAUGCAACAACUGGAACUACUGAAGGCACCCCCACAACUGAUCAGCCUGCCACAACUGAGGCUACAAGUGGAACUACUGAGGGCACCCCCACAACUGAUCAGCCUGGCUCAACGGAUGCAACAAGUGGAACUACUGAGGGCACCCCAACAACUGAUCAGCCUGCCACAACUGAGACAACAAGUGGAACUACUGAGGGCACCCCCACAACUGAUCAGCCUGCCACAACUGAGGCAACAAGUGGAACUACUGAAGGCACCCCCACAACUGAUCAGCCUGCCACAACUGAUGCAACAAGUGGAACUACUGAGGGCACCCCCACAACUGAUCAACCUGCCACAACUGAUGCAACAAGUGGAACUACUGAGGGCAUGCCCACAACUGAUCAGCCUGCCACAACUGAGGCUACAAGUGGAACUACUGAUGGCACCCCCACAACUGAUCAGCCUGCCACAACUGAUGCAACAAGUGGAACUACUGAUGGCACCCCCACAACUGAUCAGCCUGGCACAACAGAUGCAACAAGUGGAACUACUGAGGGCACGCCCACAACUGAUCAGCCUGGCACAACAGAUGCAACAAGUGGAACUACUGAGGGCACCCCCACAACUGAUCAGCCUGGCACAACAGAUGCAACAAGUGGAACUACUGAGGGCGCCCCCACAACUGAUCAGCCUGCCACAACUGAUUCAAUAAGUGGAACUACUGCGGGCACGCCCAUAACUGAUCAGCCUGGCACAACUGAGCCAACAACUGGAAAUACUGAGGGCACCACCACAACUGAUGCAACAAGUGGAACUACUGAGGGCACCCCCACAACUGAUCAGCCUGCCACAACUGAGGCAACAAGUGGAACUACUGAUGGCACCCCCACAACUGAUCAGCCUGGCACAACAGAUGCAACAAGUGGAACUACUGAGGGCACGCCCACAACUGAUCAGCCUGCCACAACUGAGGCAACAAGUGGACCAACUGAGGGCACGCCCACAACUGAUAAGCCUGGCACAACUGAGGCUACAACUGUACCUCCAACUACACCACCUAUCAAUCCAACAACUCGUGAGCCUUUAAUUUGUCAAAACGGAGGAAUUGACAAUGGUCACAACUGCUCAUGUCUCAUUGGAUUUAAUGGACCUGUUUGUGAACAUGUUGAAAUUACUGUUGCGCCAGAUACAAUCAACAGAACAGUUGUGGUUAAUAUGGACAUCAAUGAGGAAUAUAUUGAUGAAUAUCAGGAUGAGGCAUCACAGGAAUACAAAGAAUUUGUUGGAAACUUCACCAGCCAGAUGGAAGAAUAUUACAAAACAAGGAUAGAAAACGUUAAAGAAGUGGUGGUCAUAAGUGUCAGCCCAGGAAGCCCAUUGGGCAGAUUAUCAACCAACACUGUGGAAGAGAUACAAUUAAGGGCUGAAGGCACAGAUCUCACACCAACAAGACUCGGUGUUAACGUCGAACAUGAUGUCAUCCUGGCAAUUCCAAAUAACCCUGGUUAUGAGGAUAAAUAUGUAAAUAAUACUGAAGAAAUUACGGAGGCUGUUGGUAACCUUGUUGGCUGCACUCGAGACUGUCCGAGUUUUGAUGUCACAGUGAAGCCGACAGUGACACCUACAGAACCAGAUCUUCAAUCGGCCUGUGAAAGGCUGAAUAAGGAUGCAGAUGUGACUGAUUUCUACCAGGCUGCGGAGGUUAAUAAUAAGGUAGAAUGUGUGACUGCCUGCCAUCCGAAACACGACAAGCAUAAAACAUGCUACAACAAGGGAGUGUGCAAAGUGUUUAAAGCCACCGGGCCGCUCUGCCAGUGUGUGGACGUGUCCUCCACCUGGUACCUGAGCGAUGACUGCACACUGCCCAUACAUAGGACGGCGUUCUUUGCCGGGCUGAGUGUGACGCUCACUGUUCUCUUGGUGCUGGUGGGAGUCCUGGUGGCGUUCGUGUUAAGGAACAAACAGAGGAGAUACAAAGACAUAAAAGACAAGCUGGUGAAUCAGUGGCUGAACGAGGACUUUGAGUGGUCCAGAUCAAACAUUCACGAAGUUUACGGAAACCCCACAUUCACUCAGGGCGAAUCAACCGUCCACUUAGAGGACCUAGAUGUUUACAGACAACCUCUACCUGCCUACCAGCCGACCCGUCCAUCUUCACAGAUUGACUACAGACAGUCAGCGGGCAUGUUCCCCCCGUCACAACCAGCUCACAGACACAUCACUCCUUCUAAUAUUGCUGGAUACUCACAGUCUGCUGGUCCAGCCCGUCAACUCAGAAACUCAGCCAACCAGCCGAUGAGGAUCAACAGGCCUCAGAUCAGGACAUCCUGGGAUGUCUGAGUGGCACACCAAGAAACUUUGUCUUAGAAAAUAUAACUGUAAAUAAACAAAGAGUUAUUUAAGUGCCUUAGAAAAAGAAAUGAAAAAGAAAC